UAGUAUCAAACUACUUCCGGUGUUAGCAUGCUCUCUCUUGAAUGGACUUGAUUAGUAACUACAAACAUCGCCGGUGUAGAAUAGUAACAACUGAUUUACUAACGUAACCGUGUGUUUCGUGAAUGCAGACAUGGCGAUAACAGCUGAUCACAUCAAAGAUAAACUGAUAAAGGAGCUCGCGGCAGUGCACGUGGAUGUGGAGGAUACGUCACAAAACAGAUGUGCUGCCAGCUUCAAAGUCCUGGUGGUGUCGCCCCAGUUUGAGGGCAAGCAGCUGCUACAGAGACACAGGAUGGUGAACACGUGUCUCGCCGAGGAGCUGAAAGAGAUCCACGCGUUCGAACAGAAGACGCUCACACCUGAACAGUGGGAGAAACAGAAAGCACAGUGACACACACACAAAACUUACUCUCUCUGAUAUGUGGACAGAAAACUCAAACUCUCCUUCACUUCCUGUAAACGAUCAACAGUGAUGAAAACACAAACAUGUUCUGGUGGAAAUAAAAAACAAACAAACUGAUGAUAUAA